AUGGGAAUCACCGACUACUUUGUCUCCAAAGGCGCUACGGAAGCCAAGCAAGGAAAAAAUAGUACCGAUAUCCAGCAAAAUGAAAUUUUGACGUUUCCUGAAAUGUUGGCUGGUCCAACGGGUGCAAGUCCCAGAGCACAAUUUACAAUAGGUGAAACACACUUGAGCUCAGAUAUCCGAACGCUACAAGGGCACAAUGAAAUGAUUUCUGCAGGGAAAAGUGAUUUCAAGGAUCCCCAGUUUAUUGUGGUUAACUAUCUUCACGACAUAUGUCUGGGAAAUGGGUGGCUCAAGUUGGUUGACCCCCUUGAACCCUGUGUUGUUAAGAUGAAUAGCAAGAAGGGGAACGAGAUUGGCUACAGAUACUUGCCUGCCUGUGAUGAAAUUGCUCCUUACUCUUUUGUUGAUUGUGCUGCUCGGUUUCUUCGUUCAGAUGUAUGUGUUCGAGUUUCUUUCCCAGUGAUCCAUGCCAUCUUAGACAUCCUCAGCUCGAAGGGCACCGUGAGUUUGGACGCCGACCACAACAUCCAAAUAAUUGAAACAGUUGCAGACCUUCAGUGGGUUAGAAAGUCACAGAAUUGCGCAUUUAUCAGAAACGAGAAGAGUUUGGUAUGUUGGGCAGACUCAGUGCAAGAAGUGACUGGCUUUGUUCGCAAUCUUGAAAACAAGAUGGUGGACUACGUUUGGAAGAAGGGGAAUGCUGUGGAUGUGAAAGGUGAGGAUUAUGUACCUCGUGUCACCUUUGCAAGCGUCUUCCAAUCCUCCUCAGAAUCUGAUGUGGGAUCUGAAGGGGCAGUGGAAAUCAUUGGACAAAAUGCCGUCUCCCAAGUUUCUAUUUCUGAGAAAUCUUCCGACUCCUCAACGCACAGCGAUGGUAACUUGAACGAGAAGAAGAAUCUGGACUUGGAGCAGCAGAGCUCUGAAAGACCGGUGAUUUAUAUCCAUGCCACGGUCUCUGCAUUUGCUAUCACCUUAGUGCUCGCAUGGGCAGGAUUGCAAUUUGCUCAGGUUACAAAGGAAAUAAGAGCCGAAGGAAACUACCUUAUUCUUUUGUCUUUGUUAAUGGUUCUACCAUACUUCCUUUUCACCAGUUUUUUCGCGUCAUCUGUUAUGUCGACUUUGCUUUACGUUUUUGGGCCAAUUUCCCAGAUGAACAAGAACUCAUAUUCCUAUUCAGUACACAAGGCUCCCAGGUUAAAGGCUGCCCAUGGAAGCUUGCCACACGUUACUAUUCAAUGUCCAGUUUACAAGGAGAAGCUCGAGUCUGUUAUCAAACCUACCAUCAAGAGUCUUCAAGCUGCCAUUCGCACGUAUGAACUUCAAGGUGGGUCUGCCAACAUAUUCAUCAAUGACGACGGAUUGCAACUCGUUGAUCGUAAAGAGGCUUUGGAGAGAAUAGAGUAUUACGAGGAAUGUGGCUUAGGAUACGUUGCACGUCCAGGACAUGGAGUAAACGGUUUCGUUAGAAAGGGACGGUUUAAGAAAGCCUCCAACAUGAACUACUGUCUUCACAUUUCAAAAUUGGUCGAUACCCGUUUUCAUGAACGCUUGGAGCUCAUUGAAAACCCAACACCAAAAGAAGAGUCUGGAUUGUACCUUAAAAUUCUCGAGGAAGUGGUCAGAGAAGAGGGAAAAUGUUGGGCAGGUGGUGAUAUCCUCUUGGGAGAUAUCAUCCUCAUCAUUGACUCUGAUACCCGAGUGCCCGAAGACUGCUUUGUUGAUUCAGUAUCUGAAAUGGAGCAGUCUCCAGAAGUUGCCAUCAUUCAACAUGCAUCCGGUGUGAUGAUGGUUGUUGGUAACUAUUGGGAAAAAAUGAUUGCAUGGUUUACCAAUAUGAUUUACUUUUCCAUAUCUUGUGUUUCUGGAAAUGGAUUGACUAUGGCAGCUUUCGUUGGUCACAAUGCUUUCCUCAGGUGGUCAGCAAUUCAGGAAUUGGCAUACAUUGAUGAGGAUGAUGGAAGAACAAAAUAUUGGUCGGAAUCACAUGUUUCAGAGGAUUUUGAAAUGACCUUGAAAUUGGCUUCUUUGGGCUACACUAUUCGAAUCGCGACUUAUCACGAUGGCGGGUUCAAAGAAGGUGUGUCUUUGACGGUCUAUGACGAAAUAACCAGAUGGUCCAAGUACGCUUUUGGUUGUGCUGAGAUCAUGUUCUCUCCAUUUAAAGACUGGUGGAAAGGGAAAAUUUUUGCCAGGCUUUUCUUUGUUUUUCUCAACUCGCACAUUUCCCUUCCUUGCAAGUUCAGUAUCUUGGGCUAUAUGGGAACGUAUUAUGCGAUCGCAACAUCAUUGAUAAUGCUUGUGGCAAACUACUUUAUUGUGGGAUACUAUGAUUGGGGCUACUCCAGAGUUUAUAUUGAUGCUAUGAAGGUGUUUGUUUCCGUGAUGGUGGUUUUUGGAUGUGCAACACAAGUUGCAUAUAUUAUUGGUAGAUAUCGUAUCUACAAGCAUUCCAUUUAUACUAUGGUGCUUGAAUUCAGAUACUCGAUUCUUUUUUCGGUUUUUUUGGGAGGUCUUUCGUGGCACAUGAUAGUUUCGAUUGGAAGCUAUUUCUUCUCACUCAACUUGCAAUGGGGUGCCACUGCCAAAGAUAUUGACGACUCCAACUUCUUCAAAGAGUUACCCAAAGCAAUCAAGAACUAUAAGUUCAUGUACAUUUUGUGUAUUUUCUUGAUCGCAGGAAUGAUAGCGCUAGCAUUUUUUGUUCCAUACGCUUUCCAGAUCAGACUCUUAACCUGUGCUUUGCCCCUUGGAUGGAGUGUUGCCAGUCACUUCUUGUCGCCCAUUGUUCUAAACCCACAGCUUAUGACUUUUGCGUGGUAA